GGACGUGUGUUCUCCACACUUACUCGAUUCUCUUACCCAAACAAAAACAAAACACACAAAUAAAUAUAUUAUUUUCCUUUGGGAAAAAUGGAUCAAGAACGUAACAUGGACAUAGAGAAGGAAUCAACAACAACCUUAGACUACUCGAAACGCGCUCAAUGGCUACGCGCCGCCGUCCUAGGAGCCAACGACGGUCUUGUCUCCACUGCGUCGUUGAUGAUGGGAGUUGGCGCCGUGAAACAUGACGUCAAAGCUAUGAUUCUCUCAGGAUUCGCCGGAAUGGUGGCCGGGGCUUGUAGCAUGGCGAUAGGAGAGUUUGUCUCCGUUUACUCUCAGUACGACAUAGAGGUGGCUCAGAUGGAGAGAGAGAGUGGUGAAGUGGAGAAAGAGAAGCUUCCUAGUCCACUACAAGCGGCCGCUGCGUCUGCGCUAGCGUUUUCCGCGGGUGCGAUUGUGCCGCUUUUGGCGGCUGCGUUUGUGAAGGAGUAUAGAGUGAGGAUCGUUGCGGUUGUGGCAGCGGUUACGGUGGCGCUUGUGGUUUUUGGGUGGCUAGGAGCGGCGUUAGGGAAGGCACCAGCGGUUAGGUCGUCGGCUAGGGUUUUGUUUGGAGGGUGGUUAGCUAUGGCGGUUACGUUUGGGUUAACUAAGCUCAUUGGGUUACAUGGACUCUGAAUUGUUCGUGAACCAUCUUCUUGUAAGAGUUUAUAUAGUAAGCGUUGCGGAUUCUACGGUGAGGUUUUGUUGGAAGUUGGAACCCCAUGAAACACGACAGUACGUGAAUAUAGUGUUCUACUUCAAAUGAUCUUCAUACUGCAAAACCCGGUAUUUAAAUUAUGCGGGUUAUAUGUUUUAAUUUUAUGUAAGUGAUGUAAUUAGAAUUCGUGAUGAUACUGAUGUUGAGAGACCUGUCUUACGGUGGAUGUUGUAAACUAUUACGGUGAUCGCUCGUUUUAUAUUCCCUGGAACUAUUACGGUGAUGGCUCUUUUUAUGUCAAAUUGGAAUCUUAAUGAAACAAUAUCGUUUUUCA